UCAUGCACCUUAUUCACCUAUAUAUACAUCCGCUCACAAGCCAUUAGUCCCACAACACCAUCUCUCUCUCUCUCUCUCUCUCUCUCUCUCUCUCUCUCUCUCUCUCUACAAUGGCUUAUUCUCAUGCCAUGAAAAUACCAUUGUAUGCUUUUCUUAUCUUCAGUUCUUUAAGGCUCUGCCUCGGAACAAGGAAGUUAACCUCCCUUUUCCAACCACCACCUAUGCUUCUCACAUACCACAAAGGAAACAUACUAGAAGGAGAUAUUCACGUCUCCAUUCUUUGGUAUGGGAAAUUCACCACACCCCAAAAAUCCAUCGUCUCUGAUUUCAUCCUCUCUCUUACUCCCUCACAACAAAAGGGUCCCACUCAAUCACCACCCUCAGUCUCCCAUUGGUGGAAAACCAUAGACACAUACACACAAAUGGCCAGGAAAAAGAAGACCCAUAUCCUAUUAUCUACCCAAAUAUCCGAUGAAAAUUACUCUCUCGGAAAGACCCUCAAACGAUCACAGAUUUCUGAUUUGGCAGCCAAAGUGAGUCCGAGUUCAACACUCGGUGGUAUAACACUCGUUUUAACGGACAAGGACGUGGUACUGGAGGGCUUUUGCAUGAGCAGCUGCGGGUUUCACGGCUCGGAUGUGGGUAAGAAAUCCGCUUUCAUUUGGGUGGGUAACUCAGUGAGUCAGUGUCCGGGUCAAUGCGCAUGGCCUUUCCACCAACCGAUUUACGGGCCGCAGAACCCGCCACUGGUAGCUCCAAACAACGACGUGGGGUUGGAUGGCAUGGUUGUAAAUAUCGCCACUCUUUUGGCCGGAACGGUAACGAAUCCCUUUGGGAGAGGGUACUUCCAAGGACCGGAGGAGGCGCCUCUAGAGGCGUCCUCUGCCUGCCCUGGAAUGUAUGGGAAGGGGGCUUACCCGGGUUGCGCAGGGGAAGUGUUGGUGGAUUCGAGGACCGGCGCUGGCUAUAAUGCGCGGGGGGUGAAUGGUAGGAUUUACAUGCUUCCGGCCGUGUAUGACCCUGCUAAGUUAUCGUGUUCCACGCUCGUGUGAGCUGUGGUGAAUGCCUACUGUCUCAAUGGCUGAUGAUGCUUUUGUGUACGGCAGUGCUUUGUAUAUACAUAAAUCAAUGGUACAGAUUCGUGGAUUUUCUUUUGUGGUUA